GAUCUUCGGUGAGGCCUGUGGUGACUUUCAACCCAAACUGGGACAAGAUCUUCACAACGGAAUUUCUAACAAUGACCUGUGAUGUGAGGUCUCCUAUUCCGGCAGACGUGAGCUACACCUGGUACAAGGACAAUACGCGGAUACACACAGGACUAAGCUUUGUAAUCACAGAUGCAAAAACAGGAAACAGCGGGGAAUACCAGUGUGAAAGCACCAACACUGGCAGGAGUGACCCCAUCAGACUGGAUGUCAGUCAUGGCUGGCUGAUCCUGCAGGCUCCUCUCUAUGUACAUGAAGGUGACAAUGUGACUCUGAGGUGUCACCAUUAUCCCGGAUAUACUGGAGGAGAGACUAUAUUCUACAAGGAUAAUGAUGUCAUAAGGAAUUGGGGUUCUGAUCCCGAGUUACAUGUUAAAGACAUAAAUCUGAUCACAUCCCGAGGAUAUAAAUGUACAAAACAGGUUCGUCACUAUGGCCUGUAUUAUCAGCACAGUGCAGGAUCUUCUAUAUCUGUGAGAGAACUGUUCACCCCUCCUGAGAUCAGAGUGACCCCGUCCCCGGUAAUAGAAGGAGAUAAUGUAACUGUGACUUGUCACACCAACGUGUCUCCGUACAGACCAGAGACAGAACUGCACUUCGCUUUCCACAAAGAUGGCCGGAAUGUUCAAGGCUUUGGGCCAUCUGACCAAUAUGGAGUCCAGUCCGCUCAGCCGGAGCAUUCUGGGAAAUAUCACUGUGACGUGAGAACAGUUUCUGGUAGAAUGAUAGAGAAGAGGAGUAAAGAGUUUAACAUUGAAAUACAAGAGUCCUUCACUCACCCACAAAUCACAAUGACCCCAAAUCACAUGACUGCAGGAGACACCAUGACCCUGACCUGUCACACAAGACGGAGCCCACUCAUUCCUGAUACGGGUCUGGAGUUUGCCUUUUACAAAGACGGACGCAAAGUUCAGGAUUUCGGAUUAUCGGGGCAAUAUGGAGUCCAGUCCGCUCAGGCAAAGCAUUCUGGGAAUUACUCCUGUGACGUGACGGCUUUAUCCAACAAUUUAACAAAGAGCAGUAAAGGGUUCUACGUCCGGAUACAAGUCCAAUCACUUUCCCAUACAGAGCUCUUCUCCAAGCCGGAAAUUGAGAUGAUCCCAGAGGAGGUCAUAGAAGGUCAUCCGAUGAUCCUAACGUGUAACACGAGUGUCAUGAGAAGUGACAUUGUACUGCAGUUCUCUUUCUACAAGAAUAAAGAGAAUAUAAUGGAAUUCGGUUCCUCUGAUCGAUAUGAAGUCCCAUCAGCUCAGCUGGAGGAUUCUGGGAAUUAUUUUUGUGUAGUGAGAACUCCGACCAACAGUGUGAUGAAGAGGAGCGAGGAGAUAAAUGUGGACCUACGAGGCACCGGUAACACGGGGCUCCUCAUAAUUCUCCCCUUGGCUCUGGGGAUCUUACUCCUCCUUGUUGUUACCCUGGUGACCCUCUUCAUUUGCUGCAAACGCCGUUCAGCCGUCAAAACCCAAGAACCGACAACGGAAGGCCCCAUUGUAUCCAGUGACAGGAACGCACAACCCGAGAUCGCAUACUCCACUCUCGCCAUGCACCCAAUGACACGGAGCGCUCCAGCGGGGACGAUAGAAGGUCAUGAAAAUAAUGUCGCCUACGCCGCUGUGAAGUCCAAAUCAAGAAGGAAACCGGCCGCUGACCCCGACAGCAUCUACCAGAACAUCUCAGGCUUCUGCACUCUCGGAGCUCGUACUGGGGUACAGAGAGAUGGGGAAGGGCGGCUGGACUUCAUAAUGCAUUUCAUGUCCUCAUACAGCGUCCAGCCGUCCUCCCUCUGGUCAGAGGUGUGUCAAGCUGCCAAUCCCGGGGCCUUGAAAGCAAUGGCGUCCUGCUUGAUUCCUCCAGGUUCCUUCCUGAGAUUAUUAAUAGCUGGACUGCGUUACGUGAGAAAUAAUUUCCUCUAA